AUGCUACUGUCUCUGGUAUUCCCUGUUAUGGUGUUGGGAGAAAAGUUUGAUGGUUAUGGGCCCACAGCAUUCGAUGUCUCCCUAAGCCCAGACAUUCCCAUUGAGGAGCUUACAGGAUAUGGUACAAAGCACACUAAGGAACGAGGGAACAAAGGGUUUGGAGACCUGAGUUUGGUGGACUUCAAUAUGGAGACAGAAGAUAGUUUUGACAGGAACAAGCUGGUUGAUAUAGCUUGGAACAUUUUGGAUUCCUCCCAUGGAACAGUCAUGGCGAUGCAAUCCAUCAGGAAGGGAGAGGCAGAUGCCUUGUCCAUAAAAACCCUUGGGCACUACGAAAUGUUAAACUUGUCAGAAGGCUCUUCCAAUGUCCAGGAGGCACCGAUAACAUAUCUUCCAAUUGUCUUCGACACGCUGGUUCUUGACCAUAAGAAAAGUGGAUACGUUCGAGAUCCGGAAAACAGCAAGAUCAUCUAUGCAAGCUGGGCAAUCUUCGAGCACAAGAAGACCAAGAGAUGGUUCACUGUUGUGAAUGUCGAUAUGUACAGUGCAUUCUCUGAGAAGACAGAUGUCGAAAUGGCAAAUCUCUUAGAAGACAUGAACAAGGAGCAUACAGUAGAAAGCAACCCUGUGUUCUUUAUGGGGCGUAUCAAUGCAAUUUCUGAGAAGCUGCAAAAGGUAAUUGAUGACAAAUACACAAAUCCUUUGGAUGCAGAUAAGAAUGCAAAGGAAGGGCCCAGGUUCACCAUGAAGAACCUCCCGGAUAUUCUUGGCAAUUUCCAGAGGGACUUUGUGUUAGUUAGAGAUGCAACGUCCCAAGUGGUGAAGAUCAACUAUGCAAGAAUACUAAGAAAAGGGAUUUCCACUCUUCACUAUCCUAUCCAUGUAAUAGCGUCAUUUGGGGGGAGCCAGAACUCCACACCCCCGGCAGCUUGA